AUGGAAGUUGAUAUGAAUACGAUCAGUCGGGAAUUACGACAAUAUCGAAAAGAAAAUGAUUUUUAUGAAACAGAUCUUCGACAAUGGAACGAAGAUUUAGGAAAAUUAGCCACUCAAUUCGAUAAUCUAUCGAAUAUUGUUCUUCAAAGGAAUUCAGCAAUGCUCAUCAACAGCAUUUCAGUUGUUGUGACAUCGAAUUCGGCUGGCAGUGUUGAUUCAUCGAAGGUUUCGAAUAUUGUUCCAAAUAAUAAUCCAGUUGGAGUUAAGCGUACGGAAUCUCAAAUGAAUAUUGAUACUCGUAUUUGUUACUUUUGUGGUAAAGCUGGUCAUAUCAGUCGGUAUUGUUUUAAACGAAGAAGAUUCGAACACGAAAAUGGCAAUUGUCAUCCUAAUUGUGCGUUAUGUCGUCGCCAUGGCUGUGCUGAUUUGGAUUCUGUAAUCAAAUCUUAUUCGACAUAUCGAAUCAAUUUGAUUUGUAAAUGGAUUCGACCCGAACAAGUCAUUUCAUUGAUAAAAAUCGAAUAUGAAUCAUUAUGUCGAAUAUUACCGAAUUGGAUUAAAUUGAAACAUUUACAGGCUGUUUAUCUUAAUAAAUCAGAUUCUGUAAUCAAAUCUUAUUCGACAUAUCGAAUCAAUUUGAUUUGUAAAUGGAUUCGACCCGAACAAGUCAUUUCAUUGAUAAAAAUCGAAUAUGAAUCAUUAUGUCGAAUAUUACCGAAUUGGAUUAAAUUGAAACAUUUACAGGCUGUUUAUCUUAAUAAAUCAGGUGGAAAAGAAGUGGAUAUUAGUGACAGAGAGGACGCAGGAGCACGACAUACCGAUGUUUAUCCACUUCUACAUCAAUUUUGUGAUGAAAUAUUCCUUCAAUUAAAGUCUUUAUACAACGACAUUGACAUCGAUGGAUUUUCCCAAAUUACUUCAUCUAAAGUUGAAUUUUUCUUCGCAAGUAUUUGA